AGUACUCUUUGACGUGUCAAUUUUUUACCGAUCGGGAGGUGCAAUAUUUUAUUUCCAUUUUAUUGUUUAUUGUAGUAUUUUUUUAAACAAAUCGAUUUACUUAACAAAAAUUAAAUAAAAGUAACAAUGGUUGAUGAAUGCACGAAAAAAACACUAAGCAACAUUCCAUUGUUACAAACACGCGCUGGACCACGCGACAAAGAUUUGUGGGUGCAGCGGCUUAAAGAAGAAUACCAGGCACUAAUCAAAUAUGUGCAAAACAAUAAGGAAUCUGGCAGUGACUGGUUUCGUUUGGAAUCCAAUAAGGAGGGGACACGUUGGUUUGGAAAAUGUUGGUACAUGCACAACCUGCUCAAAUAUGAAUUUGAUGUGGAAUUCGAUAUUCCGGUAACUUAUCCAACGACGGCGCCGGAAAUAGCUUUACCUGAACUAGAUGGCAAAACUGCAAAAAUGUAUCGCGGAGGAAAAAUUUGUUUGACGGAUCACUUUAAACCUCUGUGGGCGCGUAAUGUACCAAAAUUUGGCAUAGCACAUGCAAUGGCUUUAGGGCUUGCACCAUGGUUAGCUGUCGAGAUACCAGAUCUUAUAGAAAAGGGCAUUAUCAGCUACAAGGAAAAAUAAGCUUUCCUUCUUCAUAGGCAAAUCCUUAUUUACUUAUUUUUUAUUACUAACACGUUUUUGAACAAAAAUGGAACAAAAAUAGUUAAAAGACAGAAAGUUAAAAACAAAAAAUGUUAAUGUGCCUGGCAAUAACUACAAUAAAUUUUGGUCUAAAGCUGCA